AUUGGUGGCCUAUCUAUACAGGGCUACCAGUCACCUGGAAACGUAAGAUGGAGUAGUCUGAGGGGUCAGAGGAGCUUGCGGCACAACUACAUACUGAUAAAUUUAUUAUCUGCUGCUUCUUUAUUAUCUCAAAAUCGAGUUGAGGUCUUACAGGGACCUCAGGAUGGUUUAGGGAGCACCUUCUACCCAAGCCACGAUGUACGGAAGCUGCCUUUUGGAGAAAGAAGCAGGCAUGUACCCGGGCACUCUCAGGAGCCCUACGGACAGCGGCACAGCUGAGGCAGGCCGCACGGGGGACGGUGGGAGUCUGAUGCCAGCCUCCAAUUUCGCUGCGGCAUCGGCUUUCUCACACUACAUGGGGUAUCCUAAUAUGCCCAGCAUGGAUCCUCAUGGGUCGACUCUGGGAGCCUGGGGCUCGCCCUACAGUCCCCCGCGAGAAGACUGGAACGUGUAUCCUGGGUCGUCUAGUACAACGGGAACAGUGCCGGUGAACGACCUGACCUCGAGCCCCGCCACUUUCUGCUCGCUCGACUACAGCAACUUGGUCCCUUCGGGCGGGGGAACUAGCAGCAGCAGUCUACCAGGCUCGGCUGGCGGGUCACUUGUACCCACCGACGCAGGCGCCACCAACGCCAGUUCCCCCAGCAGGAGCCACCACAGCCCCUAUGCAUGGAUGCGCAAGACAGGGCAGGUGACGGGUAAAACCAGGACAAAAGAAAAAUAUCGUGUAGUUUAUACUGAUCAUCAAAGAUUGGAGCUGGAAAAGGAAUUCCACUGCAAUAGAUAUAUCACCAUCCGGAGAAAAUUAGAGCUGGCAGUUAACCUGGGCCUUUCUGAGAGACAGGUGAAAAUCUGGUUUCAGAAUCGCAGAGCCAAGGAGAGAAAGAUGAUCAAAAAGAAAAUCUCCCAGUUUGAGAAUAGUGGAGGCUCGGUGCAAAGUGACUCUGGCUCCAUCAGUCCUCGGGAACUGCCUAACACUUUUUUCACCGCACCAUCUGCUGUUCGUGGAUUUCAACCUAUUGAGAUACAGCAGGUUAUAGUCUCCGAAUGAAAGAAAGCAAAGAGAAAUUUAAAGUGCUUUUUUUUUUUUUUUUUUUUUUUUUUUUUUGUGGUGCCUUUGGGUCUCUAAGCUAUCUGCAGGGGAGUUGGAGCAGGGUGUAAUUCCUUGUAAAGCAGCAUUUGGAACAGAUGGAUGCACAAUGGGUUGAAGAUAAUUUAGAGGACUCUUACUUUUAGAAACUAUUCCCAGAAAACUCCUGUCAUGUGCUGUGCUAUAUGUCAGUCACUCAGGAAGCUUAGUGGUAAGCUAUAUAAUUAAAAGCUAGAAUCACAGGCCCUUGCAACUCUGCUUGCAAUUCCAGAAACUUGUUUAUGAAUAGACAGUAAAAGACAAUUUUGCCAGAAACAUAUUUGUGUAUGUGUACUCGUGUUUGUUAUUUGAUGUUAGGUGUUUUCUUUUAUGCUAUCUUUAGGUAGUGAAAAGAAGGUAAACUAAAGUUUAUCAGUCUUUAGCUACCUUUUCAAGUGUUUAAUUCAAAAACUAACAUAAAUUUUAUAACAAGAUAAAUGUUUUUAAAAUUAUCAGAAGGUGAUUCUGAUUCCAUUGUCACUGCUUAACAAGAAUAACAAAUAAAAAAGACAAUUUUGGUUCUCAA